AGUGCAGGUCUGUUACACAGGUGCUGUAGCUGAACAUGGUGAAGCUCCGUGUGCUGCUAGUUUUGGCUUCAGUGCUUUACAGGACCACAGUGGCUUCCUUAACCCAGCAGACCUGGUCCACAACAACCAUCAUGACCACAGCGUUCAUCACAACGACCACAGCGUUCAUCACCACCCCAGAAGCCUCAGUGUCCUUGACUACAGCCUCUAUCACGGCCACAGUGUCUACAACAACUGAAACACCCACAACAACCACAACGGCCACAGCGUCCGAAGCGCCCACAACGACCGAAACAACCACAAUGGCCACAGCGUCCGAAGCGCCCACAACGACCGAAACGCCACCAACGACUGAAACACCCGCAACAACCGAAUCACCCACGACAGAAACGGCAACAACGAUCUCAACACAAACAACAACUGAAACACCCACAACGUCCGAAAUGCCACCAACGACCGAAACACCCACAGUGACUGAAACAUCCGCAACGACCGAAACACCUACAACAACCGUAACACCCACAACAGAAACUCCAACAACGACUGAAACACCCACAACGACCGAAACACCCACGACAGAAACACCAACAAUGACCUCAACACCUACAACGACAGAAACGCCAACAACGACCUCAAUGGCCGAAACACCCUCAACGGCCGAAAAUUCCACAACAACCUCAACGCCCACAACGUCUGAAACGCCCACAACGGCUGAAAAUUCCACAACGGCCGAAAAUUCCACAACGGCCGUGAUACCAACAACAACUGAAACGCCCACAACGUCCGAGACGCCAACCACGGCCGAGACACCAACAACAACUGAAACGCCCACAACAGCCGAAACUUCCACAACGGCCGAAAAUUCCACAACAACCUCAACGCCCACAACGUCUGAAACGCCCACAACGGCUGAAAAUUCCACAACGGCCGAAAAUUCCACAACGGCCGUGAUACCAACAACAACUGAAACGCCAACCACGGCUGAGACACCCUCAAUGGACGUAACUUCCACAACUGCUGAAAAUUCCACAACAACCUCAACGCCCACAACGGCCGAGACGCCAUCAACGGCCGAGACACCAACAACAACUGAAACACCCUCAACAGCCGAAACUUCCACAACGGCCGAAAAUUCCACAACAACCUCAACGCCCACAACGGCCGAGACACCCUCAACGGCCGAAACUUCCACAACUGCUGAAAAUUCCACAACAACCUCAACACCAACAACGACGGAGAUGGCAACAACGGCCGAGACGCCAACAUCUACAAUGACCACAGCUUCCAUAACACCAACAACGACCACAAUGACCACAAUACUUACAACCACAACAGCGUCCACAACGCUCAACACCACCACAGCGUCCACAACGCUCAACACCACCACAGCGUCCACAACGCUCAACACCACCACAGCGUCCACAACGCUCAACACCACCACAGCGUCCACAACGCUCAACACCACCACAGCGUCCACAACAACUUCUGUGACCACAACGACAACGACCUUAAGCACUCCAACCACAGGUGCUAGCACCUCCACUACCACGCCAGCUCCCUCAUGUCAGAACGGAGGCAAGAUUAGCAAUGGGGUCUGCCUCUGUCCAGAUGAUUACAUCGGGAAAUUCUGUGAACUGCAAAACUUCUGUCCUCUGGCUGUUGUUGAUAAUUUCACUUUUCCAAAAACUGUCGUUGGCCAGUUUGGAUAUUCAAAGGAGUUGUGUGAACAAGGAUUAAUCAGCGCUGGUUUGCCGCAGGCCUCGGCUCUUUGCUUGAAUGGAUCCUUCGCUUUUGGCCCUCCUCGGGUGCUGAACUGCAGCUUGACCCUUGAUACCAUUUAUGGAGAUCUUUCACAAGCUCCUCUGGAAAACAGGCAGUACUUGGCAUCCAACACCCAGAUCCUCACAUCCAGACCUGAACAGCUAACUUCUCAAAACAUCAGCUCUGCUGCAAACAUAGUCAGCAACUUACUGUCUUCUGGGCAAAUCACUGAGGAUAUUAAGUUGGCUGCGGUGACCACGGCCAGUCAGCUUCUGAAUUCCAGCGUGGACAAUUUCUCCACACAGACUGAGAAUGCUACCAGCAGCCUCACCAGAACUCUGCAGAACUUCUCCCUCAGUCUGAAUGGAACAGAGCCACAGCUGGUGCAGCCGAACCUUGUAGUACAAGUAGCGACAAUCAACCUCACUGAAACACCUGAGGUCCACUUCACAGCUUUCCAAGGUUUGACGGACACUUUCGCAGGGGACAGAAUUCGAGUCAAUCAGUCCAGCUCUGCCUCUCAGGAUGCACGUCCUCUGGAUGUCCAGAUGUCCAUCAAAUUAACAGGACGGUCAUCUCAGAGAGACUCCAGUGCUCCUAUUGACGUUGGCUUUGUGCUGUACAAUAACGAUCAGUUCUUCAGGUCUAAAGUGUUUGAUGACCCUUUGGACAGCAAGAGAAGAGUGAUCUCUGGAAAUCUAGGGAAAGAAAAUCUAGAUGUCUCUAUUCAGUUCACUGUGGGGGACAGGAAUUUAUCCAGUGUUUACGUCCAGGACUUUGCGUGUGUGUUCUGGGACUAUGAGCUGAACGACUGGAGCACAAAAGGCUGCGUCAAAAUCAAGAAUCCCUCCGGCGAAUCGAAUCCUUCGUCUCCCAUGACCUGUAACUGUAACCACACCACUAACUUCGCUGUGCUGAUGAGUUUUAGCCCGAACUAUGAGUAUUCUCCAGCUUUAAGUGUGAUCAGUAUAACGGGCUGCUCUCUUUCGCUUGUGGGUUUGAUCAUUACACUGCUGUUCCAGAUCCUGACGAGGAACUCGCGAGGAUCCAGCCCCACUCUCCUGAUGAGCAGCAUCUGCGCCAGCAUGACCAUCUUCUACCUCCUGUUCAUCUUCGGCAUCAACAACCCAAAUGAACAGAGCAGCGAACGCCUGGAGCCCUCAUCUGACAACACCAUUCCCCCGUCCAGCUUCCAUCAGGACCGGGACCGUGGGUCCUGCACUGCCGUCACUGUCCUGCUGCAGUACUUCCUGCUGGCCGCGUUCACCUGGGGAACCCUGUACGCUGCUCACAUCUUCUUCCUGUUAAAAAACACCAUCUCAGGACCUCCGAAAAACUUCAUGCUCUUCUCCAUCGCAACCGGCUGGGGUCUCCCGGCUGUGAUAGUUGGGCUCUCAUUAGGAAUCACAUAUCGACCAGAAACGCCCCUAAACUACCGUCAGGAGGAAUUCUGCUGGUUGGCUGCUCUGGAUCAUAACAGGAAGUUUGAUGUGAGGAAGCCGAUGCUGUGGGGGUUUUUGCUGCCGCUGGCUCUGAUGAUCUUCUUUAACAUCGUGGUUCUGUUUUACUUCUCCUGCGUCACCUGCAGGACCAACACAGCUCUCAACAGCUCCAGGGUAACUCCACUGUGGAAGAAGAUGCUGAGCAGCUUGUCUCUGUCGGUGGUGCUCGGUCUCUCCUGGAUCAUCGGAUACUUCAUGCUCUUCUCCACUCAGCCCGUCACCCACAACAUCCUCACCUACGCCUUCUGCCUGUGCAACACCACACAGGGUCUUCAGAUUUUCAUUUUAUUCACUUUAAGAACGAAGUUUUUUAAGGAGAAGUUUAACGUGUGCAGAAGCUCCAUCUCUCCUCCGGAGAUCUCCUUUCACAAGCUGAGCUACAGUCUGCGUCCGCUCCGGAUAAAACAGCCCAAAGAAAAAUACAGAUCCACUGAAACUGACAGUGAAGACAACAGUUAACAGAAACACAGCUGAAGAAAUAAAACCAUGCGUGACUCAUCUUCACUAAUAUCUCAGUAAAUACUGGAAUUCUGGAUGCUGAAUGUGAUAUAAAGCUCUGAUUUUCCUCGAAUUAAAGAGGCGGAUGAACAAAUUACAUGCACACCAGGAACGCCCUGUCUUCUGUGACCUCUUGGAUGAGUUGUUCCUGCACUCGUGGGGUAAAUUUUGUCGUAUUUUGUAUAUUGUUAAUUAGAGACUCAUUCAUUGUAGUGCAGACUGAAGCUUUGAAACGUCCAGUAAGCUACAAUCUCUGUACUGUAUAUACUGUUUAUACAUCUCUGGAAAAAAAUAAGAUUUCACUUAAAAAUAAUGAGUUACUUUGAUUUUACCAAAUUGAAAACCUCUGGAAUAUAAUCAAGAGGAAGAUGGAUGAUCACAAGCCAUCAAACCACCAAGCUGAACUGCUUGAAUUUUUGCACCAGGAGUAAAGCAACAUAAAGUUAUCCAAAAGCAGUGUGUAAGACUGGUGGAGGAGAACAUGAUGCCAAGAUGCAUGAAAAAAAAAACUGUGAUUAAAAACCAGGAUUAUUCCACCAAGUAUAAAUUUCUAAACUCUUAAAACUUUAUGAAUAUGAACUUGUUUUCUUUGCAUUAUUUAAGGUCUAAAAGCUCUGCAUCUUGUUUGUUAUUUUAGUAAUUUCUCAUUUUCUGUAAAUAAAUGCUCUAAAUGAGAAUAUUUUAAUUGGAAUUUAGGAGAAAUGUUGUCUGGAGUUUAUAGAAUAAAAGAACAAUGUUCAUUUUACUCAAACAUAAACUUAUAAAUAGCAAAAUCAGAGAAACUGAUUCAGAAACUGAAGUGCUCUCUUCAUUUUUUCCAGAGCUGUAUGUAUAAAAAAUAGAGUAUACAGUUUAUACAGUUAUGGGAGGAACCAGACACAGUCACUGCUGCUCUUACUGGACGUUUUAGAUGAAGAUGAAGAACAAGAAUGUAAAUGUGAAUCCAGUGUUUAAAUAAAUGUCAUUAAAGCAACUUCAUGUAGCAAUUUUCACUUAAAAGUAGUUUUAAAAUCAUGUUUAAGCUCCACUGGCAUCUCUGUUGUUUUCACUAUAGGCUGGAACCCUGUUAAUACUGCGCUAUGGAGCUUUGGUGGAGCUGCAUUAGAUCUUCUGAACUAUAUUAGCGUAAAAUCCUGUGAUAUUACUGUACAUCCUCUCUCCACGAGCUUCUUUCACUUCAGAUUCAGCUUUUCUAUCUCUCAGCUCUCAGUCCAGAAAUGCAUGUGUAAAGAGUGUCCUCUAGGCUGUGUCUCAUAGUGUAAAUUCUGCUUACUAACCUGCAGGGGGAGCCAAAGAUCAAGAAAUGCAAAUACAUCCAGAAUUCUGGUUUGUAUUGGCUUUAAGAAAUUUAUAUUUAAUUCUGUUUAAAAAACACAAGUUUUUUUUCUGCUGUGUCUGUUUACUUUUCCUUGUUCUCUCUAGUCAUUGGUCGAUUGUUCCUUAACUCAGGGGUGUUAAAUAUUAAAGAAAUAUUAAUAAACAGUAUAGAUUAGCAGUAUAGAUUUACUGUAUAGAAGUGGGUCUCAUAAAUAAGGAGACUGAAUUAAAUUGAUUUGAAAUGA